AGACCUAAAGACCAAUCAAACUCAACUAACCCUGUCGUGGCUCCAUCAACAAAGGAAGGAUUCCCAUACAGACAUCCUUUCCGGAAACAAAUUGUGUCAAAGAAAAAUGAGGAUUCGACGAAGGCGUGAGUUAAAGACACUGCCGAGGUGUCCCCAGGAUGGAUAAUAUUAAGACAGAUUCGGCUCCACUUGGGUCCGUGUCCAGUGAUUUUCAACAAGGGAACCCAUCUCGGCCUCAGCGCCAGAUUUACAACAUAACCGGCGGCUCUGCGGUUCACAUUGGCCCCGUUAUCCACAACAUACAUGGAUGUAACCCGCGCUCGCAGCACAAACCCCAGGAUAUGCCCCUUAAAAAGGAUGUUGAAGAGCUCUUGAAGUGCAGUCGCGAGAUCGAGGAACGAGACAAGGUCGAGGUCAGCGAACACAUGGGCAGCAGCUGGAAGAGUCUGGGCCGGGUCAUGGGCUUCUCGGCGGGUCAGCUGGAGAACAUGAUAGCUGACCACACGCGGAAUGUCGACCGAGUGUACGAGAUGAUGAGUCGCUGGCAUGACAGGGAGGCUGAGGACGCGACCGUGGCCAGACUCACCCAGAUGAUCAUUAAGGUGAAGGCUUAUCACGUGCUGAAGAAGCUUACACCUUGAGGACAGCUAAUCAAGGAAAUUGUAAUGUUACGUUUUCUUUUUUAUAUACCUUAACUGCUUGUGUGUGGUUGUUUGUUUUUUCUUCUUCUUCUUCGAAAUAAUACACUGCUAAUUGUAAGGAGAGAUAAAGAAAAUAGCACAGGAAAGGAAAUGGUCUGGAAUAUGUUGUACGACUUGCCGGGUUUUGUAAUGUGUCAAAUAUUUCAUAACGUCAGUAAAUAAAUAUUUUCAUCUACUGCC